AUGAACAUCACAAAUAUCACCGUGGAGAUGGAAGAGAGUGGCGGGGAACAAUAUGGUUUUACGUGUGGUGCAACUGGAACUUCCUUAUAUGUAGUGGGUAUACUGAUCUGUUUCAUUGGCCUGCUUUUUAACGGAGCAUUCGUGUUUGUGUUUGCUCGCGUACGCUAUAUGAAAACACUAACGAACGCAUAUUUAGUGAACUUAGCUACAUCUGACAUGCUAUUGCUUUUGAGUGUUUUACUGGUUUAUGUGAGCACGCUGGUGGAUCGUGAAGUUCUCACUCGGGAUCUCAACUGUGCCAUCAACUAUAUACACACGACGCUGUUAUUCGUAUCGCUAUGGGUUGUUACCAUCGUCAGCAUCGAAAGAUACCUGGGUAUUUGCAACCCACUGAAGGCCAUGAUGCUAAAAACAAAAGGUCGAGUAAUGUCUCUCAUCUGCACAACCUGGGUACUGGGCGUGCUAUUUGCUAUGCCGAGAAUUCUACAAUGCACUCUGUUAAAAUCACAUCCGACCAUGUUACAGAAAGCAGAAUACGCGGUCUACAUUACUUAUGCAUUGAUGUUCCUUGUUUCUAUGGUUACCGUUGCCACUAUGUACACUCUGACAAUUACUAAUUUUAGACAGUCCGUCAAACGGCUGCGGGAUCGUAAACAGUCGAAAAAAAUCAAAUCCGAUGAGAAGCAAGUGCUUGUCACGUGUAUGGCUAUAUCUGUAGUGUUUUUCAUCUGUAUGUUGCCAGCAUUUUAUAAAUACGUAUUACAUGUGAUAUGGAAAAUGACCGGCUCAGACAUGCCACAUGGUGGGCACUUUACGAUCUGCAUGUACGCUCUGUCCAAAUGGUUCCUACUGAUUAACUCAUCUAUAAAUCCAAUAAUAUACACUAUCACCAGCGCACGUUGCAGGCGAGCAUUUUACUUAGCGUUUUGCUGCCGACAAGAAGAGUCCGACUACGGUGUGACAGGCACCGUGCGAUCGACUCUCGGUAACAGCUCUAGUAUGAUGGCAAGUAUCAAUAUGGGCAACACGGAAUGCUCUUACAAGCCCAGACUGCCAAACGUGACAGAACUCAGUCUCUGA